AUAGCCUGGAGAUGGAGACCAGCAGGACACAUAGAGUGGGGAGUAGAGUCAUAUAGAGAUAGGGUUGGUGCAGCGUUUCAGAUGACAAAACAUUACCAUUUCCACAGCAACAGCCUCAGAGCAGAGGGGGAGCCGACAUUCACGAGCGUAAUGAUGAAACCCUGCAGAUGUAUGACUCUGGAUGAUCCCACUGAAGAUAAAAACAGUGACGUUAGACAACUAGUGGCAGAUGACUGAAGAUUCAGUAAGACAGACAGACAGAGCAAAAAGACAGACAGGUAGUGAGGACAGGUGAAGCCAGUGGCAACAGUUGUAUGCAGAGGACAGGUGACUGCAGCUGCGAUGAGCAGAAAAAUGUCACUUUUUGAGUUUUGGAGGAGCAAGAAGGAGAGAGGAGCACUUCUGGAGCGAGCCGAUCAGCUAAGACUCGUUCCUUCACAGCUGAAACAGUUGCAAGAUGACGGAGGAGUUCGGGCAGCACUGCAGAAUACCAGAAUGGCAUCUCUGCUGCCCCCUGUUGGUACAGAUGUCUUCAGACGCUUCACACAAGCCUCACUGACAGAGAUCCAAAGACGACAUGAAGCAGAGGAGAAGGAGCGAGAGAACAGGAAGUGGAACAAAGAGGUUGAGGAAAAAGACCGGUUCAAACCAGCCAGUGACCUGGAGGCUGGAAAGCCCCUCCCAUUCUUUUACGGGGACCCGCCUCCUGAGCUUUUGAACACCCCAUUGGAGGAGCUGGAUCCCUACUACCAAUCACAGAAGACGUUCAUUGUGCUCAGCAAAGGAAACAUCAUCCACAGAUUUAACGCUGAGCCAGCCUGUUACCUGCUGAGGCCGUCCAACCCCCUGAGGACCGUGGCCAUCAAGAUCCUCAGUCACUCUUUAUUCAGGUUGUUCAUGGUGUUAACGAUCCUGACCAGCAGCAUGUUCAUGACACUAAGUCAUCAUUCAGCAUGGAACUUUACUGUGAAAUUAGUGUUCACAGCCAUCUACAUGUUUGAACUCAUCUUGAAGGUCGUUUCCAGAGGCUUCUGUGUCGGAAAAUUCACCUUCGUCAGAGACCCUUGGAACUGGCUGGAUGUCGUAGUCAUCAUCACGGGAUAUGUGUCACAGCUUGUACAUGUAAGGGAUUUGUUUGCGCUGUGGACAGCCUCUCUGGUACUGAAGAUCAUCCCGCUCUUCUCAGGCCUGAAAUCAACUGCUGGAGCUCUUGUCCAAUCAGUGAAGAGGCUUGCAGGUGUCCUUGCCCUGAUCGUGCUCUGUCUCAGCAUCUUCAGUACGAUUGGUUUGCAGCUCUUCAUGGGAAAUCUGAAGCAGAAAUGCGUCUUAUUUCCGCCGCCCAGCAACGUGACCGCCAAUGCUGGCUUCACCCCUGGUUACCAUGACAGCGAAGGAGGAAGCAGCAAUUUUGAUUUCAACGCAUACAUGAAAAACUCUGAAAAUUUUUACUACAUUCCUGGUCAACUUGAUGCUCUGCUGUGUGGAAACAGCUCUGACGCUGGGCGCUGUCCGGAGGGUUUCACCUGCAUGAGGGGCGGGAGAAACCCAUCCUACGGCUACACCAGCUACGACUCAUUUGGUUGGUCUCUGCUGUCUCUGAUCAGACUGUUGGCUUAUGACUUCUGGGAAAACCUGAUGAUGUUGACGUUACGAGCAGCAGGUAAAUUCUACCUGGCCUUCUUCGUCCUGAUCGUCUUCCCCGGCUCUUUCUUCCUCUCCAGCCUCAUCCUGGUGGUGGCUGCCAUGGUGUUUAGUGAACAGGAGGAGGUCAAGGCUGCCGAGGCCAGACAGAAAGAAGAAGAGUUCAGUCAGAUUGUGGAGGCGCUGAAGAAGAGAGAGGAAGAGGAGCCGGAAUCCUGCAGGGCGGCGCUCUCAGAGAAACAAAACGGCGAAAGCAAGGAGAGCCAUGAGCAAAAAGAGUCUGGGGACCAGAAAUCGUGUUCUCCAUGUUGGCUGGCCUUCGCCGACCUCUUCCUGAAGUGGAACUGUUGCGGCUGCUGGCGGUGGCUCAAACAGUGGCUCCGCGCCUUAGUCAUGAACCCGUUCUUUGACCUUGGGAUUGUCAUCUGCCUCAUCACCAACAUCAUCUUCAUGGCAUUGGAGCAUUACCCAAUGACGGCUGAGUUCGAAGAGCACCUGGCUCUCGCUCAUCUGGUAUUCACAGCCAUCUUCACAGCUGAGAUGGUCAUUAAAAUUGUGGCACUGGACCCUUACAGCUACUUCCAGGUGGGCUGGAACGUCUACGACAGCAUCAUCGUUGUCCUCAGUCUGCUGGAGCUGGCGUUUGGUGACGUGGCUGGCCUGUCUGUGUUUCGGUCUGUUGUACAGAUGCGAGUGUUCAGGCUGGCCAGGUGGUGGCCGGCAUUCCACAUGCUGCUGAAGACCGUCUGGACUUCGGUGCGAGCUCUGAGGAGCCCGACCAUUCUGCUGCUCAUGGGGGUCUUCACCUUCGCCGCGGUUGGCAUGCAGCUGUUCCAGCAAGACUACGUGGACAACGUUUGUCGUAUCGCGCUUGAUUGUGAGCUUCCUCGCUGGCACAUGCACGAUUACUUCCACUCCUUCCUCAUCAUUGUCAGGUCCCUCCAUGGACAGUGGAUUGAGGUCUUGUGGGACUGUAUGGAGGUCGCAGGUCAGACCAGGUGUUUGAUCUUCUUCAUGAUGGUUGUGAUCAUCGGAAACCUGCUGAUCCUGAAUCUGUUCCUGUCCUUCUUGCUGAGCUCGUUCAGCAGUGUUAAUCUGGUGGCUCCUGAAGAAGAGGAGAAAAACAACCUGCACCUCGCCAUAAGCCAGAUCAAAAGAGCUGUUGGCUGGACCAAGAGGAGCCCCGUCAAGUCCGAGCACACAGAGGUCAGCAGUAAGGAGGACAACAGGAAGGAGUACCUGGCCUUGAACUUUGUGUCGUCAGAGCCGCCGGUGUCAGAGGUCAAAGCCCUCAGCGGAAACAAAUAUUACAUCACUGAGUCCCCGCAGGCCCCCAUCGCCAUGCCCGAGCCCGAGAUCGAAUUCAAGACGUCUGAUGAUAAAGAAGAAAAUAAAGACAACAACGACGUGCAGAAGCAUCCUGAAGUCCGGCAGAAUGAAGGCAAAGGAGGUCAUGAAGGCAACACGCCUGAGGACUGCUGCAGUGACGAAUGUUACAGCUGCUGUCCGUUCCUGGACACGUCCCGGGGUGGAGGGAGGUCCUGGUCUCACUUCAGGAGAGCCUGUCUCUUAAUCGUACAACACAGAUACUUUGAGAUCUUCAUUGUGUUCAUCAUCCUGCUGAGCAGUGUGGCUAUGAUGUUUGAGGACGUUCACCUGCACACUCGUCCGCUCUUAAGGAUGGUUGUGGAGACAGCAGAUCAGGUGUUCACCUACCUGUUCCUGCUGGAGAUGCUUCUCAAGUGGAUCGCCUUCGGACUCAGGAAGUACUUCACCGAUGCCUGGUGCUGGCUCGAUUUCCUCGUCUUAGACGUGUUUUUGGUGUGUCUGAUAGCCAGCAUGUUGGGAUUCCCUGACCUGGGAGCCUUCGGUUCUCUCAGAGCUCUGGGUCCCCUGAGGGCCCUGUCUCGCUUCAAGGGCGCGAGGCUGGUUGUGCAGGUUCUGGUCCGGACCGUCCCGUCCAUGUGUAGCGCACUGCUGGUGACUCUGACCGUCUGGUUGCUCUUCGCCACUCUGGGUGUGAAUCUGUUUGCCGGAAAGUUUUUCUACUGCUUCAAUGAGACGUCAGAGGAAUACUUCACAAAUGACUUAGUGAACAACAAGAGCGACUGUUUCAGCCUGAUAAUGCAAAACUUCACUGAAGUCCGCUGGAAGAGCGUGAAGAUCCACUACGACAACGUGGCGAAUGGUUACCUGUCGCUGGUGCACCUGUGGGCAUCAGAGUGGAUGGACAUCGUGUAUGCAUCCGUGGACUCCAGAGAGGUGGAGUCUCAGCCGGUCUAUGAGUACAACGUGUACAUGUACAUGUACCUGGUCCUGUUCAUGAUCAGCUGCUUCUUCACCAUGAUCUUCUUCAUCAGAAUCCUCAUCGACGAGCUGCAGAAAGACAAGUUUGGAGGAAGACAUCUUUUCAUGACGGAGGAGCAGCAGAAAUGUGCCAAGGCCAUGAAGCUGUUCUGCAUGAAACCCCAGGAACCUGUGCCCCGACCUCAGAAUGGGUGCCAGGCUUGGCUCUACGACCUGGUGACCAAGCCGUGUUUCGAAGUGUCCAUGGUGGUGGUGAUCUGCCUGAACAUGGCGACUCUGAUGGUGGAGACACCGGAGCAGAACAUGGAGAAAGAAAUCGUCCUCUACUGGCUGCACUUCCUCUUCAUCACCAUCUUCUUCAUAGAGUUCAUUCUGAAGAUCAUCGUGUUCAGACGGCACUACUUCAGCAGCGGCUGGAACAUCCUCGACUUCGUGGUGGUCAUUGUGAGCUUCGCAGGCUUGUUCAUCUCUGACCUCUUGGAGAAGUACUUUGUAUCGCCGGUUUUAUUCACUAUGUUCCGAUUUGUUCGUAUUUGUCGGAUCCUCCAUCUCAUUCGCUGGAUCAGGGGUGUCCGGAAGCUGCUGCUGGCCUUGGUAAUGUCACUUCCUGCCCUCUUCAACAUCUGCUUCCUCCUCCUCAUCAUCAAGGUCACCUUCUCCAUCCUCGGCAUGUUUAACUUUGCCUACGUGAAGAAGCAGUACGCGAUUGACGACAUGUACAACUUUGAGACGUUUUGGAGCAGCAUGAUCUGUUUGCUGUUUAUCAGCAAGUCAGGAGGAUGGAGUGGUUUGCUGCUUCCCAUCAUGAACACGCCUCCAGACUGCGACCCCUACACAGAGAACCCGGGAACGGCGGUCAGAGGGGACUGUGGCAGCCCGACGGCGGGCAUCAUCUUCUUCACCACCCACAUCUUCCUGUCCUUCCUGUUGGCGGUCCACCUUUACAUCGCUGUCAUCCUGGAGACCUUCAACUCCGAGGCACUGAGUGACAAAGACCUGCAGAGGUUUUGUAAAACCUGGAGGAAGUUUGACCCCGACGGUUCGCAGUUCAUACCGUACAGCAAGCUGUCAGAUUUCUGCGACGCCCUCCAGGAACCUCUGAGGAUUCCCAAACCGAACACCAUCAAACUGAUCCACAUGGAUCUGCCUCUGUUUCAUGGAGACAAGAUCCACUGUGUGGACGUCCUUCUCAAACUCGCCACACAGGUGUUGGAGGACUCACAAGAGAUGGACUCCCUCAAAGCCAGAAUGGAGGCAAAGUUGGCCAACUCGUCUAAGGUGUCGGAUGAGCCAAUCAGCAGCACUCUGCAGAGGAAACAGGAGGAGGCAGCGGCGACGGUGAUCCAGAAAGCGUACAGGAAAGGCCUCCUGCAGCACGGAGAUGCCAAGAAGCCAAAGACCGAGUCUGUGGAUGGUGCUGUUUCAGGCUCACCCCACGUGGGGCUUCAGAAUGAGUUUCUUCUCAGCUAAACGCCACCGACUUCUUGCCAUAUGAGAACCUCAGAGAGUCCAUCAUCAGCGUUUCUCCUUGUUCUUCCUCCUCUCUGCUCCCACUGGAGCUCACCUGUGGAGUGACGAGACGACACACCUGAGUCAAAGUCCCACAGCUCUGAACAGGAAUUCUGCAGGUUUUCUUAAGCGCUCGGUUCUGAUCCGGGUUUUAUUACUGCGUCUUGAGUUCUGGGUCUUUGCUGAGGUCUGCUGAGACACAACAUGUGAUAUUAAACUUAACCUAACCUAACCCAUAAUAAAACUACUAAUCCAAUUUAUUAGUAACGCUCAUGUAUCAGUUAUUAUGGCAGAAGGCCCCAGUUCCACUGUUCAUCCUGAGAGUCUCGUAUCAGAUAAAAUCCAGAUGAGAUUUAAGACCUUCAGUUAAACUCAGUCACAUUUUUUCAUCUGGAUGGCUGGUGGUGCUGAUGGCUGCUGAAAGGACUCUUUACAUGAAUGAACAUGUUCGAAUUAACAAAUCACUUAACAGUUCACGUAUGUUAUGAUGUGAGAACUCUUACAUGUCUUCCUGCUGGCUCGGUGCCUGGACUGUGUGGCCGCUCACUGGCCUCACUGCCGCUCAGCACAGCACAUAUACAUUAACAAAACAAUUAAAUGAGACUAUAUUGAGAUUAUAGAGAUUAUUAUUAACCACACUCUCCUCCAGUGUAAUGCAUGGAUUUUAUAAUACAACAUGGAGUGGAGAUCAGACUAGCAUACUUGUAGUUUUCUGUGUGUGGUAUAAACCAUCAGUCCACAUCUUUGUGUUUAUUGAUAUACACUGUGUGUUGCCAGUUAUUCGCCUCACACUGAACAUAUGAAUGCAUUUAACCUCAGGGGCAACAGGGCAGAUUUGUUAUAUCCACCUCCAGUGAUCAUUACCAGCUGACCCCCCCAGUACCACCCUGACUAAAUCUCAUGUUCCACAUGAAUGUUGCUUUUAUACAUUUUUAUUAUUUUGCUGUUUUCAUAUUCUUACAAAUUACAAAUAAAAAGCUCUCUGUAUGUAA